UGCACAGACAGUGACCCUCGCAAACGGGACACGCUAGCCGCACAAAGCAACGCAGUGCAAGCGAGGGUUGCAACAGUGAGAGAGAGUGGGAGAGUGCUAUCACCGACCAACUGGCACGAGAGAGAGAGCAAACAAUGAGUCAGAGUAGGGGACUCCCUCAGCCCGGUCUAGAGACAUGCUCGUGUAGAAUUCAGAUUCAGUUCUUGGCGAGUCGCUCUACCAGCACUGUGACUGGUCUAAUCGCGUCUGUUAUCGUCGGUCAAUAGUUUUGACACAGGAAGAAACAGUUGCAGUGAUUUGUAAAGUGUGAUUAAACCUCGACUAUUGAAAACUAUACCCUUGUGUCCUGUGAAAACGUCGACGUAUAGGUUAGGUUCAUCAAAACAUUUGAGAAUCUCAGGAAUACAGACUUAGUGCGUUGAUAUCUAGUGUUUCUUGAGGAGAUCUUGGAAGAUAUUUCUCUGAUAGUCACUCGAAAGAUAACUAGCUCUAGUACAUGUUACAUACACCUGUGGUAUUCAAUAUUUCAUAAGUGAUAUACACCAUCCAAAGCUACCUGUUUCCUAGUUGAAUUUCAUUGAAAGAUACAUAUAUCAAACAGCGGUAUUUGAGUUAAAAAUUGGUGUCACAGAGAAAUAAAUUGUUGGAGCUCUCAGUGUUUGUCUCUGAGUGAACUACAACUGUAAUCUUUCAGUCUUGAAACUACUUGGUGCUAAAAAUAAGAAAAUUGUAGAGAGGUGUGAAAUCGAGUGUUUACCACAUGCUUAAUCCUCAACACCGUAAGAUGUUGAUGUUUUCUUCGUGUGACGGAAGAAUCUUGAAGCGGUCAUGUAGAUCGUAGGGUUUCCCUCACUGAAGAUCUAUUUCCUAUGCACCGUCUGUUGUUUUCAUCCUGUUAGGACAGACUAAUUGUGUUUAGGUGGCAUUUAAAUCGAGUUUGCAACGACUCCACCCUCUUUUAACACGUGAUAAUUAUGUGGUGACGUUUGGGGCUUCAGAAAUAGCCCCUAGGGGACGAAUCAGUCUCGAAUGGUAACCCAGCCGGGUAGUACCCUCUCGAACCUCAACCUAGGUAGACCUAGCCCUAUGUCACGGGUUAGGUGACAUCUAGUUAAACUCCCCUAGUGUCGCACCCGGAUUCUAGAAACUCUACUCGACGUUUUAUCGGGUUUUCAAUUUGUGAAAAUUACGAGAACCUGAUUAGGCGGCCGAACUACUAAAGCAAUGAUAAGUGUAACUAUUCCAUCCUUUGAAUCAGGUGUUAUUUUAGUUGUCUAAGACCACUGCCCAAGUUUUUUUCUAAGCAAUACCUAGUUUACCUAAUAAAAAGCUGUGAUUGAGCUAUCGAAGAGUGUAAAGUGAAUAAUUCAAUAAUAUUCCAUCGAUAACAUUGGUGUUACAUAACAGUAUCACGAGUUAUCUUGAAAUUACCAAUCGACAAUAACAAAUUUCACUGUUCAGUGAAAUAAAAACAAACUUUGAUGCUGUAAAUUGAUCUCCAAAAUAUUUUCCGUGAAACGUCAUCUACAGAAAUCCAUCGAAGUUGGGUUACUAAUAUUAUCGCAAUAUACCAUUAAAGUGAAUAUCUCCAAUUUUUAACUCAACAACUAUUCCACUCGAUCUCAGAGAAUAUUAAUAGAGAGACUUCACUAGGAAUAAUAACAUAGAGUGAGUCUUACACUAUUCUAAGAAGAUUUCACCAAAAAUCUUGACAAAAGUUGAAAUUACCCUUGUAAGUCUUACAUUUGAAAAUAAAUCUACAUACCUACAACUAUCAACAACACUAUAAUAUAAUUUAUGAAUUAUCAACAAUAUUCUCCAAAUCAAGUCAGUUUGGUGACAAUACCUUCUAGUUCGAAUCACAAGGUUUGUGAGAGCAUUUGAAAUCGAGUCACUAAUAUUCUGAAGAUAUUUAUUGGAAUCUGUGACGAUAUUCGAAACCAAGUCACUAUUUUUUGGGGAAAUUGUAACUUGUUCAGUUGAAUUUGAAUUUGGCGCCAAAAUGGUACCGAGACUAGUGUUGGCCGCCGGUCAGCUGAUGCUGGCUACGCUAUCAGUUGCCAUGGCAACGACGACUGACUCCUGUUCGACAGACUGGAUCCGACAGUCGCUGGACAACGGCGAGACCAGUGUAGCGGCCGACAGCUACACGACCGCCUUCAUCAACGUCACGUUCCGGGACCCGUCUACGGGCCGCUGGCACUCGGAGACCGACGAGAUCGGCAAGUUCGGCGGCUAUCACGUGGGUCCCGCGGCGGGAGUGCUAGUCCACGUGAUUGACGCGGGCGGAGAGCUGAAUACCGCGUGUACGCUGCCGCUGAGACGCGGUCCCGCGCCUGGCUUCAACAUCCCCGCCGAGCCGUGGAUCGCCCUCGUGAAGCGCGGCGGAUGCAACUUCCAGGUGAAGGUCGACCAUGCCCUCAGGUACAACGCGUCGGGGGUGAUCGUCUACAACGACCGCGACAAGGCCUCGCUGGAGAAAAUGAAGCUGGCGCCCAAUGGAAACCAUAACAUCAGUGCAGUUUUCACGUAUAAAUGGGUCGGCGAAGAGUUAGUAAGACUAAUGGAGAAUGGUACCAGAGUCUACGCUCAUAUCUCCAUCGCCAGCCGGUGUACAAAACCUUUCAACUCAAUUAACAGCUUAUCUUCUUUCGGGAACCCUGGACCAAUGAUAAUCGCUCUCUGCGGUACCAAGAUGCCUCUCCACAAAUGUGCUAUGUUGACGUCUGUGAUGCUAGUCAGCAUUUCGUUCAUAGUGCUGAUGAUCAUCUCAAUGUGCUGGUUGGUGUUCUACUAUGUGCAGAGGUUUAGAUACAUUCAUGCCAAAGAUAGACUAUCGCGGAGACUCUGUACUGCAGCGAAGAAAGCUUUGUCCAAAAUCCCAACAAAGCACAUAAAAUCUGAAGAUAAGGGGGAGGGAGAGUGCUGUGCCAUCUGUAUAGAGCCUUACAAAACAUCAGAAGUCGUAAGGAUAUUACCUUGCAAGCAUGAGUUCCAUAGAUCGUGUAUAGAUCCAUGGCUGUUGGAGCAUAGGACUUGUCCUAUGUGCAAGAUGGAUAUUCUCAAGCACUAUGGCUUUGUUUUCACAGGCAGCCAGGAGAGCAUCCUUCACAUGGACAUAGAGGAGGCGGUGAGUGACUCAGAGAGCAUGCACCAGCGCAGCCUGAGCAGCCCAGUGCCCCACUUGCUGCAGGGCGGCCUCACUGUUGCCCUCGGGCCACGCUCGCUCACGCCAGACCUGCUCAGUCACGUCAGUCGUGCAUCCACGCCCGACGAGUAUUCGCCUGCGCUGCCUGGGCCCAGUUAUGAAUUCCCCACUGAAAACCAGGCAUGUCUACCAGAGAGCGGCAUGCACCUGACUACCAGCAAGAGCGAGUUUCUACCACCAAAACCUAACUCACAGAUCCGGCGAUCGAUUUCUUUGGACAACUGCGAUUUGCCUGCUGCCAACAACGGCCAAUAACAUCAGAUUGAAAGGCACAGGAGGUUUAUUCGAAAAUUCUUCUCCGGCCUUCAACCGCUCCCAACCUCUGAGCAAACCUUGCGGAAUAGUCAGACGUAUUUCUUCUGAAACACAACCGUGGAAAUUGUAACGGUUUGUGGAUAGUCAACGACAUCUCAAACUCAACAGUUUGUGGAUGAUCAAUGACAUUUCGCCUGCUCAAUAACUAUAUUAUCAGCAAUAUGUAGAGUGUGUUUUGCUCAACUCAAUAAACAGUAAUCAAGCCUCUUGUUGAGAAUCAUUAACAUAUAUGGAAUUUGUUGGUGGAGAACACAAAAGUUGUUCCACCUUGCCAUAAGAAGUGUGAAGAAUGAAACUGAGGGUUAGGUUGGGUAAUUUGUUGAAAAUGAUUGGUUAAUUUAUUAUACCAUCCUCAUUUUCAUCGAGGAGUGGUUGAGCUUAUUCCUACCUCAUUGGCGAAUUUCAUGCUCCGUUUGACCAGGACCUCUAAUAUACUACCAAAUAUAAAGGAAGUCCUAGUUUGACCCAACCAAUUGCAUUGAGCAUGCUUUUUGAGGUCAGGUUGGGUUAGGGCAGUCCGAUCUGUUGUGAUUUGAAUAUAGCAGGUUGAAGCUCCACUCCUAUUUCGUGAGAUUGAAAUAACCCGGCACUUUCAUAAGCUUAUUCCCAUUUUUGAGGAAAGUUACCUGUGAGAGGGUACAGUACUUUAUCCUGAACCAUUUACUGGGAAUGCAACUUAAGUUUCGGGGCUAGCUCACUCCAAAUAGUUAAAAAUUCUGAAUGAAAUUUGAAAGUUGAGAGUUCUGGAAGUUGAGAAUUCUGCUGUGAGCCUCAUUUUGAGAAUUCUGCAGUGAGCUAUUUGUAAAGAAUGCAUUGAGACUGCAGCAUAACAGUUGAAAUGGCAACUACUUGUUGAUUGAAAUACAACUCUUAGUUGCUCAUGUUUAGUCAUCAGAAAUUGUGAUAUUUAUAAUAAUAACGAUAGCCGUACUACUAGGUAAGAUUCGCAAAUGAAAUUUUAUUUGUUCUGAUUGUAUUAUUUUGACUCCAGUUUGUUCAAUUUGUACAUAAACUUUCAUUUUAGUUUAAUAUCGUAGUCGUUUAUAUUUAUGAUUUCAGUUGAACAAAUUCUAAAAACAAAUGUGACAUUUCAGGUGAAAAUGUUUUCCAGUAAAAAUUGGUAGACAUGAUUUGGAAAUGUGUACAGAAAAAUAAUCAUUGUACGUUGUAUGAAUCCGAUUUACACGUCCUAAUUAAUUUAAUAAUAUUAGGCUUUAAAAUAUUCAAUGAGUUUAAUUAUUUUAAAUUUAAGUUGAAAGUGUGAUUAGUUACAGUAUUGUAGCUUUAUUUUUUAUACCUGCCUUGAGUCGAUUAUAUAUUGUAUAAUUGUAUAAGUUUUGUUGAUAUAUGCUUGCAAAAUGAUGUUUUGAUUAGAAUGUUUCUCAUUCUUGUCACUAGUUAAAUUAAUAUAUUCAAAAGCUUUAAUCAUCAAAUGACGAUAAUUUUAAGUAUACAAUUAUGGAGAAAUUGAUAAUGAAUGAGAGUCUGAAUCUGAUAGCUGAAAUACAAUUCAAGAUUGCUCAAGAAACUGAAGGGAGUUCAUUUAUUGGAAAUUAUAUCAAAUUAAUGCAAUUUUUACACCUCACUUAAGUUUUUGAAAAUGCAAUAGUUACAAUAAUGAUAUUAUAAAAAUGAUUGGUAAUUUUGAAUAGUACCGUACCUAUUCAUUCGAUUUAUCAAUACACUUGAUACUGAUUGAUAAAACAUUAAAAAAACAAUAUACAGUAUAGAAAGUAAAAGAAUAAGAAUGACAAUUAUUUGAGCAGUUCAGUUGAAAUCAGACUCAGUUUCAGUUGGUACUUAUACAUUGAACACCUAUAAAAAUAUUUUCAAAUUCCUUUUUAUUGGGCAAAUAAUGUGCCUUUUCAAUAGUUACCAAUUAUCAAUUGUCUUUCUAUUUUUUAAUCCAUACAUUAUUAUCUAUAAAAAGUUUACCGGAGGUUCUAAGAUUAGUUAUUGAAUUCUUCAUCCAUAGGUGCAGAUUCUUUUCGAGCAAUAUUUUCUUUCUAUAAAAUUAUAAUAUGAAUAUCUUCUGUUCUAUGUGAACAUCUCCGUAUGUAAUAGCUCUCAUCCAAUUAUUGUAAUAAUUCUAGUAAUAAUUAUUAUUAAAAACAAUACUUCUCAUGUACAGUAAUCAAAAAUAUGAAUUUUCAAAUUUUUCAAAGAGUAGAUAACAAAUUUCUUCAGUAAUAAUUGUGAACUUUGAAUCCUAUGGAGACUCCAAAAUACUUUUUUCAAAGAGACAGCUUUAUAUUUUGCAUGCUGAUGCCAAUGUUUAAAAUAAUAUUGUAUAUUUAUUUUUGUGUACUUGGAAGCUUAAUAAUUAUUAUAUCCGAAAUAAAGUGCCUCAGAAAAAUGUUGCUGGAAAAUAAUAAAAUACGUAUACCGGUAUUCAGUGCUGGAGAAUACACUGAGUUUAUGGAGAUUGUUUAGGGUCCUAUAAAUAUAUUAGUCACUUGUGACUUCCAUUUUAUAACAUAAUCUUUGGGUAAUAAUUGCAUGUUAUUAUUGAUGAAGCAAUGUCUACAAUGAUAAUUAUUAUCUUACCAAUUUCUAAUUAAUAUUUGAACAAAAAGCGGUACUUGUAUGAUAUUGAACAGUAUUUAUAAAUUGAGUAAAACUUUAAUAAUGCAAUAUUAUACCGAAGCAUGGCUGCUGAAUUUAGUGUUGAUAAAUACACUAUAGUAUAGAUGAAACUAGUGUUUCGACAGUAUAGUCUUUCAUGACUCAUGUUGUAAGUUUUUCAAAUAUUAAAUCGGGAAGUUUACUCAAAAGGUUUUUGAUCUUCUGUACUGUACAAUAAGUUCUGGAAUAAUAAUAACAAUUUUCAACUAAGAUAAAUCCAUCUGCUCAUUGAAAUUAAGGCUAAAGAUCCUCGUAAUUCUUUAUGAUAAAAGUUUAAAAUUCAUCAACAGAUAGGAAAUGUGAAAAAUUCCAUUUUUUUAAUCCUAGGAAUGUUAUUCUAUUAAAAUCAAUCGCAAAGCAAGAAAUACGAUAAGCCACUCAAUAGUACUGUAAUAAUUAUUAAAAAUGUCCAUGUUUUAGAACUCUGUAUCACAAUUUGUCUUAUUAUUUAAGCAAUUAUUAGUAUUUGACACUGCCUUGAAAUUCUGUUCUCAUGGAAUCUAUGGGAAAGAGAUCAAUUGCUUAGGGUGAAGACUUCAGAGUUUUCUUCGUGAGCCCAUGUUCAAUUU